AAGGUGAGCUGAUCGAUGGCCGCUCUGAACCCGUCCGGUGUCAUACCUGCGUUUAUACACCAGUUUCUAAGGUCUGUGCUGUACCGGGACUUUUACUGCAGAGGAGAAGAGAAAAGGCAGCGGAGACAGGGAAGAGCUUUUAAAGUAAGGACGCGCAUUAGUAACAGCUUUAAUGGAGAACGGAAGGAGACACUUAAAACACAUCUUUAUCUGCGUCCUGGGAGCAGUUACAAUCUUCUUCAUCUAUCUCAACUAUGACUGGGAGUUGGUAAGCAGGGAUUUUCCAGCAGCAGCGUCAUCAUCAUUAUCAACGUCAUCAUCACCAUCAUCACCAUCAUCACCAUCAUCAUCAACAUCAUCAACAUCAUUAUCAGCGGCAGCAGAGCCACGAUGGGAGGAUCCUGGGCCGUAUCAUGUGGCCUAUCCACGAAACUACAAAUUCAUCAUGGAUGACACGCUAACGUGUAAGAACACAACUCCUUUCUUGGUCCUGAUGGUUCCAGUUGCACCCAGUGACAUAGCAGCUAGGGACACCAUUCGGAAGACAUGGGGGAAUGAGAAACUGGUCCUGGGUCAGCUGGUCGAGACCCUCUUCAUCCUGGGCCUGCCUGGGGGAGCUGAUGCUGAGCAGCAGGAGAAGCUCAGACAGGAGAACCUGCAGCAUCAUGACCUGAUCCAGAGUAACUUCCAGGACAGCUACCGCAAUCUGACCAUCAAGACUAUGAUGAUGCUGGAGUGGCUGGCUGCGCACUGUGUCAAUGCUUCCUAUGUCAUGAAGAUUGACUCUGAUAUGUUACUGCAUGUCCCGAAUUUGGUUAAACUGUUGCUGAGUCCCAGCACAGCCAAAGAAAACUACAUGACAGGUUUGGUGUGGUGGCACAGCCCGGUUUUAAGAAAUCCGUUCAACAAGUUCUACAUGCCCAGAGGAGUGAUUGCUGAGUCGGAGUACCCCCCAUAUCCUCUGGGCAUGGCCUACGUCAUGUCCCUGGACCUGCCUGCCAAGAUCCUGUCAGUCUCUCCUCAGAUUAAACCUAUCUACAUUGAAGAUGCCUACCUGGGUAUGUGUCUGAAACGCCUGGGCAUUUCCCCCACCGACCCUCCUGAAAAUACAAUGUUCAUUGUCGACCCCAGGCAUCCUCUGAGCAGCUGCAGCCUUUCAAAAGUGAUUGCUGUGACAACGACAAGCAUCCCACAGAUGAUGAGUUACUGGGAGAGGAGCAGACAGCCAGAAGCUAAAUGCUGAACUUUAUUAAGUUUACCAAGACUGAAUUUAGAUUUUUUUUUUU